CCCACACAUGGCAGCUGCAUUUGACGCUGCGUUUGACGCUGGUGGGUGCAUGUCCAUCUUUGGGUCUGGCUCCAGUUGCAGGGCCUCCCUCGGCUGCCGGCUGCUACUGCUGCUAAACAUAGCCAAGCCUCAUUUUGUGUCCAGCCCUGAAGCAGCAACGAGGGAAAACAAGUCUGAGCCAGAGACCAUCGAGAGAUAUGGCUUUGCUGUGCUACAACAGGAGCUGCGGGCAGAAGUUUGAGCCAGAGACGAAUGCCCCGGAUGCCUGCCUCCAUCAUCCUGGUUUCCCCAUCUUCCACGAUGCUUUGAAGGGCUGGUCUUGUUGCAAGAAGCGCACCACCGACUUCUCCGAGUUCCUUUCCAUAAAGGGCUGUACCAAAGGCUAUCACAGCAAUGAGAAGCCUCCAGAGCCGGAGGAGGCUUUGAACGAGUCGAAGGUCAAGAUGGCCACGGAAAUCAUUGUCCAAGGGCCAAAGUCGGCAGAGAUGAUGGAGCGCGAGAGGCCCAGUUCAGACGAACCCAAGCAGCUCCUGCCGGUCAAGGUGUCCAAAACCUUGGAACAAGCCCUGGGUAAGCUGGACUUGACCGCUAAGGAGGAAUCUCCGGUGCAUGGCUCUGCAGAGGCAGGGUCAGCCCCAGAAGUGACCGUUGGCACCAGCUGCAAGAACUCUGGAUGCAAAGCUACCUAUCAAGGUGAGGAGAGCAACAUGGAAACCUGCGUUUUCCAUCCUGGGGUGCCUGUUUUCCACGAAGGCAUGAAAUACUGGAGCUGCUGUGGCAUUAAAACCACGGACUUCACUGCAUUCCUGGAGCAGAAAGGAUGCAGCCGAGGGAGGCACAUUUGGGCGAAGAAGCAGCAGCAAGACAAGAAGCUGGUCACUUGCCGGCAGGACUGGCACCAAACCGGUGGCCAAGUGGUGGUCACCGUUUACGCCAAGAGCCCUCGGCCGGAGCUCAGUUCAGUCAAAGCCAACCGCACCAGGGUGGACAUCCGCAUCGUCUUUGAAGGAGAUAAGGUUUUCCAGGCAGAGAUGGAGCUCUGGGGGGUGAUCAAUGUGCAGAAGAGCUUUGUGACCAUGUUGCCUUCCAAGGUGGAGGUGGCCCUCCAAAAGGACGGCCUUCUCACCUGGGCCAGGUUGGAGGACCAUGGAAGUAAAAAGCUGCCAUGA